AUGUCGACCGAUCCAACUCUAUCAGAAGCAACAUCCAAGUUAAUCAACUCCGAUUUGAAAGAUAUCGGAGAAGCUACGAGGAAAUUGGCUGAUCAUGUCAUCAAGCUCGGAGUCAGUGGUGGUUUCAUCACUACCUGCCUCCAAUGGAUCGCUUGCUUCGCCGGCAUUUAUUUGCUGAUACUCGAUCAAACAAACUGGAGGACGAAGAUCCUUACUUCACUUUUGGUUCUCUACAUCUUCUUGACUCUUCCUGAGUGGCUCUUCGGAAUUUUGCACGGAGACAUCGGGAAAUGGAUCACAUUAGUCGGAGUCGUAUUGCGUCUCUUCUUCCUAAUUAAUUUAGGUUUUCAAUUGAAAUUGAUUGAAAUGAAUUUCGUUAAUUUGAAAUCAAAUCUCAUUACGAUUGUUCUGAAAAAUACAGAAUAUCUAGAGUUGUCGGGAUCUUUGCUCCUUUUGGUUGUGGUAGCUCCAAACUUCGUCGCCGGCUAUGUCAGAGUAGGGUGGAUCAGAGUGAUUGUUUGCUUGGUUAUCGGAUGCUAUUUGCUUCAAGAACACAUCAGAGCUUCUGGAGGAUUCAAGAACACUUUCAACAAGAGCAAUGGCAUUUCCAACCCCAUCGGUAUCGUUCUCUUGUUCGUCUUCCCUGUCUGGGCUACAAUCAGGUUAAUAUUCUGAGAUGUUUUGUGCUUUUUGUGUAUUCAAUAACAUGAAUCCUUCGAUUGAUGUGUGCAUUGAAGGUUCGUUUGUAUUUAUGUGAUGUGAGUCUUUUUUUUUCUUUGA